AUGGAUUUGAGGUGGUUGAUUACAUGGGAAAUGCUGGGGUGUGAGGGUCUUAAGAAUGAACAGAUUUUGUCGUCAGGUCCUUGUAUUGAGAACAAAGUAUCAAACAUUGCAGUUGGAGCUCAUUCGGUGGUAAUAUCAUUUUCGUCUUCAUUACAAAUAUCAACACUAAGUACUGUACUGUAUUUGAGAGUUGUGCUGUUUUACUUUGCAAUGUUUGUUAUUUCCCGUCCAUCUUGCUCGACUUAUGUUUGUUGUAACAGAGCAUUUUCUAUUGAAACAGCCGCUAUCGACAUGCUAGAAGAUGGAGAAAAAUCGAAACUUAGACCAUCACCGGAGUUUUUAUCUUCACUGGACUCAAAUUCGCGCCAGUUGGUUGAUAAAAUAAUGGCAGAAGUUGAAAUAAUGGAAUGGAUGAUGCCACAUCCACCAUCUCUUCUGCGGGAUAAACAGUGGCAAAAGUUGAUGACAAUAGAGAAAACGGAAGAUCGAGUAGCUUAUUUACGAGCAUAUGCGAAACACGUUUUUCGCGACGAAAUGCGUGAAGCGAAAAAGAAGGCGAUCGUAGAUUCACGAAAUGCAUUGCUUAAUUUUCAGCGUGCGAAAUUUAGUGCUGAUGGUAUGGGCUAUGGUCCAGCAAUGUAUGAGUUAAUCACUUCUAAUCUGGAACGCAAUGCACGAAGAAUUAAACACAUCGAGGGGGCAGCGAUGUGGAGGACUUUACGGCUAAACGAAAAACCACGAAUUGUCGUGGACUGCCAGUUUAUUGCCAAAAAAUUCGAUGACUUUUCCUCCCGUCUUGCUACGCAACUGGAAUAUAUCAUACAAGAAAAUCUUCGACGUCGCGAACCAUUCGAUUUGUCGAUUGUCAACUACGACGAAAACAAUCCGAAUUGUGAAGCUGUCACGAAAUUCCUGAAGACUCAAUAUGCUCAUCAGACAGUUAUGCCACUAUAUACAGAUGAAGAUGUAGCUGAUCUGUACAACAAAGAAGAUAUCAUUUAUAUAGCCAAGUGGUCUCAGCAAGUAAUACGAACUCCGCUAAAUGAUGAAGUUUAUGUGAUAUGUUUGGGCCGUGAUAAUCGGUUACCUCUUGGUGCUGCUCGGAAACGCGGUUGUCGUACAGCUCGCAUACCAUUUAAUGAACAUUUCAAGCUGUACAACUUCCACUUCCUUCCUUUUACGAGUGUAGUACGAGUGCUUCAUGAAGCUUAUCAAACUGGCGGAGACUGGCAUGCAGCUAUAUUGGGUGGUAUUUCCAGACGAUAUUUCAUUCCUCAAGAACAAAACAUAUCUAGAACAAUGAGUGCACAGGCAAGACUCAAAAAUGAAGAGCUGACAAAUCAAAUAUCUCAAAUGGUCACCGAUGCCCUACAAACAGAGAGUGACAACAAAUAA